AUGUGGAGAAUUCGAUGUGUUUGUCCAUUUGACGAUGAUGAUGGUUUUACUAUUCAAUGUGAGAACUGUGAGGUUUGGCAGCAUGCUAUUUGCUUUGAAAUUAGUUCGGAAAAUGUUCCUGAAAAUUAUCUUUGCGAGCAAUGCCAUCCACGUCCGGUUGAUACUGAGAAGGCUCAUCAGUUACAGCUCGAACGAAUUCAACAAGAAACACAUGUGAAAGCUGCUUCUCGCCGUCGACCUCAUAGUGCGAAAGCUCGUAGCCAUUCUGGUUCUCGUCAUGCUUCGUCUAGUGUAUCAUCACCCCAUCAAGUUCCGCAUAGUACCUCUUCCCCUUCGAAUGGAUUUGUGUCAGCUCCUCCUCCACCAAAUAUUCAUGUCGACGCCACAAACGUUCCAAAUACGAACAACAGACGAAAAAGAUUAAGUCAUUUAUCGCCCUCCUUACCUGAAGUCCAAAACCCAAGCGUGGUUUACUCUUCCUCAAUUCCAUAUUCACCCCAUUUAGAAUACGUGCCCUUGACAUCUAAUACGUAUUCCGCUGAAGCCCUAAAAUACGCCAAAUCUUUAUCUGGUUCAGAUAUGCCUAAUGCUAUUGGUCAAAAUACGGAUGAUUCCUGCUAUGUGGCCUCAGUUCAACCGAAAUCAUUUUGCUCUAGUCGCUUUGGCUUGUUUACUUCUAGAUAUUUAGUCCCCGACUAUCCCAUCACCGAAAUUAAGGGAAGAAUUUUUACUCAACACGAGUAUAAGAGAGAUCCCAAAAAUCAGUACUGUUUAAUUGGUGUACCAAAGCCGCAUGUUUAUUUUGACAAAAAGUCUGAUUUAGUGAUCGAUGCACGCGUGGCCGGUUCUAAGGCUCGAUUCAUUCGAAGAAGUUGCCAACCGAAUUGCACCGUCAUUAGUUGUUUGAAUGAAGCCGAUUCUUUUACUCCGACUUUCUAUUUAAUGCCUAUCAAGCCUAUUGAGUCAGAGUCGGAGCUUACUGUAGAUUGGACUUUUGAUGCAGCUCAUCCGUUUCAAUAUUUUUCAAAUAAUGAGCCCAUUCCUUCGUUUACAAAGGAAGAACGUGAGCGCCUGUUAUUCAUUCUUUCUUCCAUAACUUCCAACGCUGAUUGUGCUUUUGCCGAUAAGCGUAAUUGUUCUCCACAGCGCUAUGCUUCUAAUGCGAAACCUCGGCUUCCCAUCUCUAAUACUACAUCCUUUUCCACUUUAUCUCAUGGAAAUUUUUCGUCUAGUCCAUUAGAAGAAGCUACUGAAGAGAACAAAAAGCAAUCUGUGAAAUCUUUAAAACAAUCAUGGCUUGCGAAGUAUCAAUCUCUGGGAACUAUCUCUCCUUCGUUAAAGGAAACAGUCGAACCUAAAAUCGAUAAUGAUGUUCUAAUAUCUGGCGCGAACAGCAAGACAGUUGAGAAUGGCGAGUUCAAUAGCAAUAUAAAAAUGGAAGUUGAGGAUAGUACUGCGUCGGACCCUCAUAUUGCGAAGAUAGAAGUGGUAGAAUCAAAAGCGAUUUCCCCUACGCCUCCAUCACCCUCAAUGUCUCAUACGCCUCAGACACUUGACUUGUCUCCUAAAAGUAGUCAGUCUAGAAAAGGUUUGGAAGAAUAUGAACAUAGUGAUGGUGACAUACCAAAUGCUGCGGACAUCGCACCCUUGACUCCGCCUCACGGUUUUAAAAUUUAUGAUUCGUUUAAUGCCUCAGUGAGUCCCGAACGCAGAAAAUCACUAGGAGAAGCUGUUUUGCUCUCCAAUAAGGAGGACAAAGUUGAUGUAGAUAACAAUAUCAACAAUAACAGAAGAAAAAUGGCGUCUGCGGAACCUAGUCCGCAAACGAAAAGAAGGCGAAGCUCAAUUCAUAUUAGGUCGCCGCCAAAAGCUGACCAUUCCAGAAACUCAAUUGGUACAGAUGGCAUGAGUUUGUUAUCGUUAAGUCCCAUUGGUGAAAAUACACAUAUUGGUUCAGAUUCUUUAGCGUCUGAGGAUGGUUUAAUCAGACCAAGAACAAUGAAGCAAUCGGAAUCGAGCUUUUUCAGCGGUUUGCGUGAUACAAAAGAAAAGCUUGUAGCUAACGGUACUUCUGAAUCUACCAAAGUGGUAGCCAAUUCGUCACCAAAGUAUACUCACUCAGGACUCAAUAAUCACUCUAAUAUUCGAUCGGAAAAAUCAAUGACUACCAAAGGAAUUUUGCCGCACAAUCAUUUAGAAACAGCUCCUUCGGAACUGUUGGACAAGGGUGAAGUGCCCUCUUUUUCCGAAAGUUUAUUGCGAAGACACGAUAAUUAUGAGACUGUACAUUCCGUGACAUUAGAACAGAAUACGAAAGGUCAAGGUCAAUCAGAAGUAAGGCGAAGUGAUGGACAAGAGAAAAUACCAGGGCCGCCAACUUCAACACCACCGGCACCUCCACCAGGUCCUGCUCCUUCAUCUGGACCAAAAAAGCUUUCUCUUUCUGAAUAUCGACAACGCCGCCAAGAAGCUUUGAAAAGCAAGCAAUUAGAUUCUAAUGGCAGAAUCAAUAAUGCUGAGAGGCAGGUUCCCUCGGCUCCUAAUCUAAAUACGGCGGCCUCUACUUAA